AUGCCUUUAGGUGCCUUGCGGUGUGCUCAAGAAUGUACCGGAGCUCUUGGAAUGGAAUCAGAGGUAAUUAAAAAUGAAGACAUCAAUGCAAGUUCAUCCUAUAUUUUAGCAAGUGUUGGGCCUCACAAUGCCAGGCUCAACAAAGAGCUAAAUGGUGGAGCUUGGUGUCCGAAGCCUCAAAUUUCCAAAGAGGUCCUGGAGCACUUGGAGAUCUCGCUCAACUCGCUGCACGUGAUCACUGAAGUAGCUACACAAGGACGCUUUGGAAACGGCCAGGGACUAGAGUUUGCGGAGGAGUACAUGCUGGAAUACUGGAGGCCGGGAUUGUCCAGGUGGCUGAGGUACAGAAAUGCCUUAGGACAAGAAGUGAUCAAGGGCAAUACGAAUACGUACACAGUGGUGAAACGCAAACUGAACCCGAUCAUCAUCGCCUCAAAGAUACGAUUCAUCCCGUUUAGCGUUCAUCUUCGGACUGUCUGCAUGCGAGUGGAAAUCUACGGUUGUCCCUAUACGGAUGGUCUGCUGUCUUAUUCGAUGCCGCAAGGUGAAAGACGAGGAGUUGAGGUUGAUCUGUCCGAUAUGACUUACGAUGGCGUCAAAGACGACAGUUACCUUCACGGUGGUUUAGGCCAGCUAACAGAUGGAGUUGUUGGAGAUGACAGUUUCAAGCACGACGUUUCAGGCAUGGGAAGAGGUUACGAAUGGGUUGGUUGGAAGAACGACUCAUCCUACUCUCGGCCAGUAGAGAUCAUCUUUGCGUUCGACCAGGUGCGCAACUUCAGCGGAGCCUACUUCUACUGCAACAACAUGCACACCAAGGAGGUCCAAGUGUUCGCCUCGGCCAGGAUCUGGUUCAGCAUCGGGGGCAAGCACUUCACCGGGCCCCCAGUCAACUUCUCUUACAUGGCUGACAUCUUCCUGGAGCGGGCCCGCAACGUGACCAUCUCACUCUACCAGAAAGUGGGCAGGUUCAUCAAGGUGGAACUCAUGUUUGCUUCUAAGUGGAUGCUCAUCAGCGAAGUUGCGUUCAACUCUGUUCCAGCAGUAGGCAACUUCACCGAAGAAGAACCUCCUGCAGCGCCACCUAUUGUAAGCACUGCUAUGAAUGAAGAUGCUUUGACAAAUCAGUACGUCGGACUGGUCAUAGGAGUACUGGCCGCUGUCAUACUUUUAUUAAUCAUCGUCAUUUUCAUCAUCAUUGUUCGGAACAAAAGGCGGAAACACACAACCCCUCACACCAUCCUCAAGCCAGUGGACAACCGGGUCACCAUUAAUAUGAAGGAUUUAGGUCUGAAUUAUUCUCAGUGUUCUCCAUUGGCCUGCCAGUCAAACGGAACCAUCUAUGGUCAUCAAGUAGUUUUGGACGAUUCGGAUCCUGAUAAACUCCUCUACCAGGAACCUCGAGAUUUCAAAAUUCCUUAUCCUGGUACAUACAGCAAUGAAUCUACUACUUCGAGGGAGUACGCCGUUCCUGAUGUCACCAAAAGCACAACCCCGCCACCAUCUAUCCAUUCUUCUUCUAACAAGCCCACCUUUCCCCAGACGUUGCCAAAGCCUCACCAAAAAGCCCCCUCAGAGAGAUAUUACGCGGCCACGGACGUAGUCAAGAUGCCAAAUUUGCAGGGUGUGAGUGGCAACACCGUGUACGCCGUGCCCAAUGUGGAUCUGCUGAGCAGGGAUGACAGCCCACUCAGGGAGAUACCGAGACACAGGCUUCAUUACAUGGAGAAGUUGGGCGAAGGACAAUUCGGAGAAGUCCACUUAUGUGAGGCGGAAGGGAUACCCGAGCUAGUAGACGUCCCUUGUUACGGCAACAAGACCCUGGUAGCUGUCAAAACUCUCAGGAAAAGUUCAUCAGAGCAAGCUAGGAGUGAUUUUUACAAAGAAGUCAAGAUUCUAUCGAGGCUAAGGGACCCAAACAUCGUGCAUGUGCUAGGAGUGUGUACGAGGGACGACCCUUUGUGCAUGGUGGUUGAGUACAUGGAACAUGGUGACCUGAACCAAUUUUUGCAGCAGCACGUGCCUGAAAACACAAUGACCUCUCCUUUCAAGUCGAACCCGAACAAAGUGCUCAGCUAUGGCAGUCUGAUUUUUAUGGCAACACAGAUAGCUUCCGGCAUGAAAUACCUGGAGUCUCUGAACUUUGUACACCGGGACUUGGCGACGCGCAACUGCCUGGUGGGCAGGGGAUAUACCAUCAAAAUAGCAGACUUCGGCAUGAGCCGAGACCUGUACUCGGGAGACUACUACAGGAUAGAAGGCCGAGCUAUGCUGCCAAUUAGGUGGAUGGCCUGGGAAAGCAUUCUUCUGGGAAAGUUCACCACCAAGAGCGACGUGUGGUCGUUUGCUGUGACCAUGUGGGAGAUUCUGACUUUCGCUAGGCAGCAACCGUUUGCCGACCAAAUCGAUGACAAAGUCAUCGAAAACGUGAGCCAUUUUUACCACAAUGACGGACUCCAAGUGUACCUACCCCAACCACCUGCAUGCCCCAAAGAGAUCUACGAUCUCAUGAAGGAGUGUUGGCAGCGGAACGAACACGACAGACCCCAUUUCAGAGAGAUCCAUCUGUUCCUACAGAGAAAGAAUCUCGGCUAUGCCCCUCAUGUGUGAAAACUCUUCUUUGAUUGGUUCUUGGUGUGAUCCGUCUUCGCUUCUGUAGACACUGCAGAAGACUUCUACCCUGAUCUGGACAUCGAGUUUCUUUUUCUUUUCGUGAGAGCUUAACAGCUGGACAGGCCCAGUGAAACUUAUCACAGCAUUUCUUAUCGUAUGACGAGUUUUUUUCCUCAGCCAAAUGUGCUACAAAGCAUGAUCAUUUGUUUAAAUAUUUGAUGUAAGAUUUAUCAACUUGCAUGAUUUUAUCCAUCAUUUUCAAACUUCAGUGUCUGUUUUUUCUG